UAUAUCGAGACGCGCACUCAACAACAUCUCAUACAACAACAUUAAAGCAAAAUAAACCAUAACAAAACUUUGCAGAGUUAACGGUAGUUUUUGUGUUAUUUUUAAUGAAAGAGAACAAAGAAUGAACUUUAUUACAAACAAAAAGGAGUUAUAAAAGAGAAAAACUAGGAAAUAAAAAAAACGAGUCAUAAAAAGGGUCUGCUUCUGCUAUUUCCUACAAUUUGCCAAUUUUUGUUUUUUGCUAUUAACAUACACAUGCAAACACCCAAACUUACAUUCAUGUAGCAGUUUAAAGGAAUAACUGCUAAAUUUUGUUGAGUGGUUAAUGGAAUAGUGUGAAAAAAUAAACUAAAAUAGAGAGAAAAAAAACACAACAACGGUUACUAUCGCAAAGGAAGAAAAAAAAAUAAUAAAUAGAAAUACAUAUAGAAAACAACAACAAAAAUAUAAUAAUUGUUUUGACUGUUUCGUGUGUCGUAUGCCAGUUGUGCUGCUACUUUUCUUUCAAGUAGUUGCGGGCAUAGCACUCUUCAUAUUUUUAUUACAUUAUUUAAGUUACAUUUUUAAUGCCAUCAUACGCGAUUUUUGUGAAACUCUAUUAACAACCAAAGAAUUUCUCCAACAAUUGCAAGAAGCGUGCGGUGCUGACGACGAUCCUCUACAGAAUUCGUUGUCAUACGAGACCAGCAGCGACAAAAGGAAUUUCAGCAAAAUUCCAAUUAAAGUUCAGAAAAUGCAACAAACAUCUGAUGAUGCUAAAUUUAUUAAAAAACGUUGGAAAGGUGGCAGUAUUGAACCUCAUCCCACUGAUAAAGCCUUAAUUGUCAACUACCAACUGGAGGCGACAGUGUUUGGUGAUCCUAAUAAUCCCAUGUUGGAAGAGAAAAAGAACUGUCAGAAAGUAAUACGACUACGUUCUUUAAACGCUAAAACAGAUCCCGCAGCACUAGCACGUGAAGUGGUGGACAAAUGUGAUUUAAUACACAAAUCACAGUUGGCCGAUGUAGAACAAAUUAUUUUUUAUUUAAAAAAUCGUAAAGAUAAUGCCGGUGUAGAUACACACGACAACAAUAUGGGUCAUCAUCGAUCGGCUAUAGCCUCACAUAGGUCGUCGGCACGACCUCAUACCACCAUGAAUUCGAGCAUGUCAUCUUCAACACAUUCGAAAUCAUCAGAUUCCUCAGAUGUUUCCAUUAAUUAUAUAGACGAAUAUGUUGAGUUGUUGUAUGAAGAUUUGAGCGAACGCAUACGAGGCUCGGCCAUGAUCUUACAAGUAGCACGUAAUCCCGAUAAUUUAGAAGAAUUAGAAAAAAAUGAAUCUUGUUUAAGUGCUUUGUCGCGUGUUCUGCGUGAAGAUUGGCGCAAAAGUUUAGAUUUAUCUACAAAUAUUAUUUAUAUAUUCUUUUGUUUCUCCACCUAUACGAAAUUUCAUUCAGUUAUAGUUCAAUAUAAGAUUGGCUCUUUAUGUAUGGAUGUUAUCGAUUACGAAUUACGUCGUUACGAGAGUAUGCGUAACGAAUUGGAUAUUCGUAAAAAUCCUGGUGGCUCGGCCCCUUUGUCCGCCAAGGCCAGCAAGGAGAAACUAAACAACAGUACUGAUGAUUUUCUAGAUCUCAUGAAUGAAGAAAAACCCAAAGAGAUGGAGCCACCAAGACGUCGUAUACCAGAAUUAAAACAACGCCCUAAAUCGGGCAACUGGUCUAGUUUUCACAGUUCCAUGUCUUCGUCUCUUAUAAAAAGUCAAAUACUAAACAGCAGCUAUCAUGAAGCUCUCUCAGCCGGAGCUCAAACACCCGACUCAGGUAUCUCUACAAAUGGUGACAUGAAAGCCACCAGCAAUGAGGCUCUCGAUCGCAACGAUCCCAAAGUUAAAAAAGAAGAAAUCGAUCGUCUUAAUAAGCAAUUGAAAUUGUUUGCUAAGAAACAAGAACAACUAUUACGAGUGGCCUUCUAUUUGCUGCUCAACAUGGCCGAGAAUGUCAAACUGGAGGAGAAGAUGCGCCGCAAAAAUAUUGUAAAAAUGUUGAUUAAAGCCUUGGAUCGUCAAAAUAUUGAUCUUUUAAUGCUGGUCACCACAUUUUUGAAAAAGUUAUCCAUUGUGGGCGAUAAUAAGGAUGAUAUGAGCGAACUGAAUAUUGUGUCAAAACUACCAAGACUCUUCCAAAGUGGUCAUACAGAUCUUGUACAAGUUACCUUAAAGUUGGUGUUCAAUUUGUCGUUUGAUGGUCAGAUACGCAGGAAAAUGAUUGUGGCCGGCUAUUUGCCGCUUUUGGUUAUGUUUAUCAAUGAUGAAAAACAUCACGGCAUAGUGGUAAAGAUAUUGUAUCACAUGAGUUUGGAUGAUAAGGUUAAAGCCAUGUUUACCCAUACCGAAUGCGUACAAAUGGCCACGGAUGCUAUUAUUUUAAAUCUCAAUUCUAAAGUUGAUUUGGACCUAAUCUCUCUCUGCAUCAAUCUCUCUCUCAAUCGUCGUAAUGCUCAAAUUAUGGUCGAAGGCAAUCGUCUGCACAGUCUCAUGGAUCGUGCUUUCAAAUAUCAAGACUCCCUACUCAUGAAACUGCUCCGCAAUCUGUCGCAACACGAAUCAUUGCAGCCCCUGUUCAUUGAUUAUGUGGGCGAUUUGGCACGCAUUCUAACCAUCUGCGAUGAUGAGUCAUUUAUAGUUGAAUGUUUGGGAAUUUUGGGUAAUCUAUCGCUGGCCGAUUUAGACUAUUCACAGAUUUUACAAAAUUUCCAAUUGAUACCCUGGAUAAGAAAUAUCCUAAUUCCGGGCACGAAAAUGGAUGAUCUCGUUUUGGAUACUAUUGUGUAUUUAGGCACAUGUGCCCAUGAUGAAUUUUGUGCUUUGCUGUUUUGUCGCGCCAACGUUGUGCUGUCUUUGAUCGAAUUGUUGAAGGCCAAACAGGAGGACGAUGAAAUUGUUUUGCAAAUCAUUUUCGUAUUCCAGCAGAUUUUGAGGCACGAAAGUACUCGCGAGUACAUGAUUAAGGAGACAGAAUCACCGGCGUAUCUUAUUGAUUUGAUGCAUGACAAAAAUGCCGAGAUACGCAAAGUGUGUGAUUACUGUCUGGACAUUAUUGCUAUCAGCGAUACAGAGUGGGCGAAACGUAUUAAGCUGGAAAAAUUCCGUAAUCACAACUCUCAGUGGUUGUGUAUGGUGGAGUCACAACAGCACGAGGACAAUAACGAAAGCUACAAUGAUGAGGCAGACGAGGAACACAACUUGGACAACUACUUGCGUGGUGAAUAUCUAGACAAUUGCGAUCUCUACAAUACAACACACAACAAUAAAGAAAGCGAAGAUAAUGACAGUAACAACAGUAAUCAUCCCGCUAGUCCCACCAAUUCAACUUACAGUCGUCCAGUGAGCAGUUUUAGGCGCAGUCAAGAUCUUGAUGACAUUUACAACAUGACUUUCAGUAAUAAAUCACAAAACUCCAGCCAGGGAGACUCCAAUUAUAUAUUUAAAUCGAAUAAAUCUUUAGAUUCAGAAGGCUUACACGAAGAGCUUUUAUUGGCUUAAAAACAAAUUAAAAUAUUUGAAAAGAAGUUAUAAAAAAAAUAUGUUAUUGUGCUUAAAUUAUAGUUAAAGAUAAUGAGAAAAAGGAAGGCAUUUAAUUAUAUAGUAGUACAUAAUUUACUUUAAUUUGAAGAACAAAUAAUGUUUUGCAUUUUGAAAGAAAUCAAUCAUUGACAAAAAUCAAUUUAGUUGUUUUGAUAGUUAUGUUAUGUUUAGCUUUCAAUAUACUCUCUCUCUAUGGCAAAAUAAAAGCCAAAUAUUUGUAGACAUUUCUUUGCUUAGCGCACAUCAUAAAUUAGUAUACUUACGAUUGUUUAUUUUUUUAUGUUUAUUUUUAAUAUAAUUUUAAUAACGACAUUUUUUUAUAUAAUUGUUUUUAAGUUAGAGAAAAAAAACCAAAACGAAGCUAGUCCUUGUUUAUACCACAAAAAGAAAAACGAAGAAACUAAACAAACAAAUCAUUAUAAAUUUAAUUUUUACGGAAUUAUGUAUUUUAUUUGUUUAAUUAAUUAAGUUUAUUUUAUGUUAAUUUUUAUUUUUAUUUACAAAAUAUAUGUGAUAUUUAACUUUCCUUUAAAACAAUACUACAAUAUUAAAAAAAAGAAACAAGCAAAUCAAAUAUUAAAACAAAAACGAACGAACGAACAAAUUCUUAGAAAAUCAAAUUAACAAAUUGACCAGUUAUUUAUUUUUAGUCAAGUGUCAUGUUUUUUUUUUUUGUUUAAUUUAAAAUAUUCUUAUUAAAAUUAAAUUAUUUUUUUUUGUUAUUUUUUUACGUUUAGAAACGAAUGAAAUAUUUUUUAAGUUUUUUUGUUUAAGUAUAAAACUAAUACCAAAAUGUGUUUCGUUCUUUUUUUUUGCCAAAAAAUAACGCAUAUAGAAACACUGUUAAUGAGAAAAACUAAAGAUGGUUUAACUCAUUUAUAGUGUUUUUUAUUUUAUGGUAAUUUUAUUAAAGCUUUUUAUCAAUUAAAAAAAAAACAAACAACAAUGCGAAACGUACAAAACUGACAUGAUUUUUUUUAUUAUUUUAAUACUCGCUAAUACUCGAUUGGCUUCAAGUAGUUGUUUCAAAAAUUAAUUUUGAUACAAAAGGCAAAUCCUUGUAGAAGACUCUAUCCCAUUUUACUUUAUAAUUGUAUUGUAAUAAUGUAUUGUAUGUUUGUAUAUCAUACAAUAUUCUUUAGCAUAAAACAUAAAUAAUUGAUUUUUAAUUAAAGACAUUUAAUAAAAAUAUAAAAUACAAUAUAUAUGUAUGUAUGUAUAUGAAUAUAAAAUUAUAAAUGUAUGUACUAUAUGUAUGAAGAAAAAGUGUUAAAUUGAAACAAAAAAAAAAGCAUAGAAAGAUAUUUAUGGACUUAUUUUAUAAAAUAAAAUGCAUUGAAACGUUUGAAUUUAUACGUUGGCAUAUAACAUUUUCAUUCGUACAGUUUUAAACGUUUCCCUAUGAUGUUUUGUUUUAUAAAAUCUUCUUCUUAAUGUACGCCAUAAUAACAACAAAAAGUUAUAUAAAAUAUAAAGAAAAUAAAUAAAAUAAAUAUAUAUAUAUAUACUAUAUAUUUCAAACAAA